UCCACCGCUGCACCACAGUACCACCUCUGGUGCCAAGAGUGCUGGAAAAUCAGUGAUGUACCUGCACAUUUUUUUCCAGUGAACCCAAGAUAAGGAGCAAAAGCUUAUAGUUUGAAAAGGUUCUUGAGACGUUGUGGGAAAUCAAAGUGUCAUGGCAUGCUUGAAAGACACAUUCAAGGCACUCAUACCAAGCUACAGAUUGUCUUCCCUAACUCAUUCUACUUCACUUUCUCCUAUUUAUGACACUCCUUAAAACUUACCUCUUUAUCAAUUUUUUUGGUUACUCUGUCGAAUACCUUUUCCCUUACCUCUUUGUCCAUCUCCUGUGUUUAUUUUUUGACUGAAGGAAAGGUGUAAACAAACAGUAAACAUACUUUAAAAAUGCACCUUGAAUUAUGUCAAAUCCGGGGUUGGAAUAGCUGAAGGUUGUUGAAGAACAAUGGUCUGAAUUUCUGAACAAUGGCCUGAGAAUGAUAAUUAGCAUACACAAGCCCAAAGGCACACAUUUCCUGCGUCACCAUUGAAAUUACAAAAGCAGUGGAGUAGAAAUUCUUGUGAUAUAUUUCCAGCAAAUUAAUAUAUGAACUUUCCAGCCUUGAUUUUACCUAGGUGAGGUCAGAAAAAUAGCUUUAAUGGAAAAUCAUGUUGUGGCUGUUUAAGAGGAACCGAGGACAUUUGUAGUAUUGAUAUAGAAUAUUGGUAAUGAUGAAGAUCAUAAAGAGUAAUUCUUAACCUAACAAACCUAAUACCUAUUACCUACAAACCAAAACCAACCAUAAAGCCUAUCAAUAAUACCAUCAGGAUGGGUCUGCUUAAUGUUAGGUCUCUUUAUACCAAACAUUUUUAGUCAAUGAUUUUAUUACCACCUCUAAACUGGAUUGCAUGUUUUUAACUGAAACAUGGCUAGAACAAAAUAACAGUGCAACCAUUCUGAUCGAGACAGCUCCUCCCAACUAUAACUUUUUUGAUGUAUGUAGAUCUGGAAAAAGAGGUGGAGGGGUUGCUGCUAUAUUUUAAAAUGUAUUUCAGGGGAAACAGAUGUCACUUGGUGAUUUUCCAUCAUUCGCAUACCUUUGUGUUGUAUUGAAAUGUUCCCCCAGAGUUCUCUUAUUAAUUAUUUACAGGCCAUCUAAAUAUUAUGCAAAUUUUUUCGAUGACUUUACAGAAUUAUUGUCUAGCAUCUCCACUGACUUUGACUGUCUAGUUAUAACUAGUGAUUUUAAUUUUCAUACUGAUGAUUUGAAUGACAAGGGUGCAAAAUAUUUUUUUUACUAUUUUAGACACAUUUGAACUGUCUCAACAUGUGAAAGAGGCUACUCAUUGUAAGGGGCACACCCUGGACUUGAUUAUCACAAAGGGUCUCAAUGUUUCUGAUAUUUUCGUGACUGAUCCUUCAUUGUCUGACCACUUCUGUGUUUUCUUUAAUAUAUCUUUUAUUCCCGACAUACAGACAAAAUCAAAUACUGUCAAAAAACGGUAUAUAAAUGAACAUUCUAAUGUACUCUUUAAAAAUGCCAUCUCCUUGUUACCACCUCUAAACCCAUGUUCUGCUGAUGAUCUUGUAGAUAACUUUAAUUCCAAAAUUGUGAACGUUAUAGACGUCAUUGCACCUGUUACGGUUAAAACGAUUUCUGGUAAGCAAAAGGCAUCCUGGAGAAAAGCUGCUUUAGUAACAGCCCAGAAAAGAGAAUGCCGGAAAGCUGAACGCAUCUGGCGGAAAACAAAACUUCAUAUUCACCAUGACAUCUAUAAAGAGAGCCUCCGUGCCUACAAUUUAGACUUAAAAAGUGCUAGAGAAACAUUUUUCUCCAAUAUCAUUAACAACAACACUAAUAAGGCAAAAACCCUAUUUGCAACUGUUGACAGACUGACCAACCCCCCAACACAAAUACCACCUGAACUCCAUUCCACGCAGAAAUGCAAUGAGUUUGCAUUAUUUUAUACUGAUAAAACUGAAGGCAUCAGACGUGCCAUCAAUAUCUCCGCUUCAAACAAAAAUGUUGGAUCACCACCCUGUUUAGGCAAAAGUAACGUGGCAAUGAUGACAUGCUUUAAUGCCAUAGACUCUAAAACUCUUGUGGAAACGGUGACACAACUAAGGCCAUCCACCUGCUGCCUUGAUGCUUUACCUACCAACUUUUUAAAGAAUGUUUUUGACUGCCUAGCAAUAGACAUACUGCAAAUAGUUAACAGCUCUCCUCAAUCAGGCAAUUUCCCAAAAGCCUUGAAAACUACAGUUAUUAAACCUCUUUUAAAAAAGCGGAUCCUAGAUGCCUCUAUUAUUAACAACUAUAGACCAACAUCAAACCUAUCUUUCAUAAGUAAAAUCAUUGAGAAAGUUGUCCUCCAGCAACUUAAUCACUUACUGGCUUCAAUUGGCUGCUACGACAACUUCCAGUCAGGAUUUCGACCUCUUCAUAGCACAGAGACCGCCCUUAUUAAAGUUGUAAAUGACAUCCGUCUUAACACAGACUCUGGCAAAGUUUCAAUAUUAAUGCUAUUAGACCUCAGUGCUGCAUUCGACAGUGUUGAUCACUCAAUACUUUUGGACAAGUUGGAAAAAUAGGUGGGGCUUUCAGGCACAGUCUUAAGUUGGUUCAGGUCAUAUCUACAAGGUAGGAACUAUUUUGUUUCCAUUGGCGACUUUGUAUCAGAACCAACCAACGUGACAUGUGAAGUCCCGCAAGGUUCGAUCUUAGGGCCCUCUUUAUUCAACAUCUACAUGCUCCCACUAGGGCAAAUCAUGCAAAAUAAUAAUAUUGACCACCACUGCUAUGCCGAUGACACUCAAAU